AUGCUAUCAAGACGCAUGAUCUCCAAUCCUGUGACCUGUGCUGUCAGAGCGGUCCACUCAACAGCGGCCCGACCGGCAGCGGAGGCUCUCAACAGGUUUUCAAAAACAAUCACAGAGCCCAAAUCACAGGGAGCAUCACAGGCGAUGUUAUAUGCCACCGACGGUGUCAACACUGACGAGGAUCUGAAGAAGGCAAUGAUCGGUGUUGCAAGUGUUUGGUAUGAGGGUAACCCUUGUAACGGGCAUAUCUUAGGUCUCGGUCAAAGAGUAAAGAAAUCUCUAGGGGAAGCAGGUCUUAUAGGCUACCAAUUUGGUACUCCUGCUGUCUCGGACGGUAUCAGUAUGGGAACCUCUGGAAUCAUACCUGGCUGCGACAAAAAUAUGCCUGGUACCUUGAUCGCAUUGGGUCGUCUAAAUCGACCUGGUUUGAUGGUGUAUGGAGGAACGAUAAAACCUGGUCACUGCGGCGGUGAAGUCCUCGAUAUCGUCUCUGCAUUCCAAAGUUAUGGUCGUUAUCUGCAAGAGGGGCAAACGGAGGAGGCUGAGAAAACCAGGUACAACACUGUCAGGAAUUCCUGUCCUGGAUCUGGAGCUUGUGGAGGGGUCCUUACUAUGGCUCUUGGUGGUUCAACCAAUGUCGUCCUUCACCUUAUCGCUAUCGCUCAUUCCGUGGGUUUAAAACUCACAAUUGACGAUUUCCAAAAAGUGUCAGAUCGGGUACCUCUUCUUGCCGAUCUGAAGCCUAGUGGAAAGUAUGUCAUGGAAGAUAUACAUACCAUCGGUGGUAUCCCAAGUGUAAUACACUUCCUAAUCAAGCACGGUUACAUGACUGGUGAAGGAAUGACCGUUACAGGCAAAACACUAGGAGAGAAUUGUGAUCGAUGGGUCGAAAAGCAUGGCAGCAAAUGGGAAGGCCAAAAGAUCCUCAGACCCGUGAACGACCCCAUCAAAUCAACAGGACAUCUUCGAAUCCUGAGAGGCAAUCUCGCCCCUGGAGGCGCUGUCUCCAAAAUAACUGGAAAAGAAGGUCUUCAGUUCACCGGAAAGUGUCGAGCGUUCGAUGAUGAGGAGGCGUUCGUUAAAGCCGUUGAAUCAGGCUCCAUCAAAAAGGGGGAAAAGACCGUUGUCGUUUUGAGAUAUCUUGGUCCAAAGGGUGGACCUGGUAUGCCUGAGAUGCUUAAGCCUACUAGUUUAAUCAUGGGUGCAGGCCUUGGUUACGAUGUAGCCUGUCUUACAGACGGACGAUUCAGUGGAGGUUCGCACGGUUUUGUGGUCGGUCAUGUCGUACCUGAAGCUCAAGUCGGCGGUCCCAUCGCUCUUGUUCAAGACGGAGAUAUCAUUGAUAUUGACGCCGUCGGAAACACUCUCAGUGUCAACGUUUCUGACGAGGAAUUUGCUCGAAGAAAAGCCGCUUGGGUGGCACCUGCUCUCAAAGUCACCCAAGGUGCUCUUCUCAAGUAUGCUAGACUUGUCACCGAUGCUUCUCAGGGAUGCGUGACCGAUGCAUAG